ACUAAAUCCCUCUACGAAAGAAAAAGAGAAAAAUGGAAGAAUCUUCAAACUCAAAUACCUUACUCGAAGUAGUAGAUGAUUUCUAUAUAGCUCUCCAAAAUGAAGAAGGUCUCAUCCCAAUCUCAGAUGAGAAGUUUGCAGUAGAAUUACAGCUCCAAGAAGUCAUAUUUUCAUCAAUUCUCCUUAUUCUUUCCACCCCAUCUCUCGAAACUGCAAUCAUACCGUCGUCGGAGAAUAACGACACGACUCCGACGGAAUCUAACACGUUGGUUAUAACCGAAACAGGCGAAUCUUCAAGAAGCUUCUGCGACAUAUGCGUGGAGGUGAAACGGCCGCAUGAAAUGUUCAUGAACAAGAACUGUUCUCAUAUGUUUUGCAACGAUUGCAUAAGCAAUCACGUUGCGGUGAAGAUCCAAGAAAGCAUAGCAAUGGUUAUAUGUCCUGGUUUGGAAUGUAAAGGGGUUUUAGAACCUGAUCUCUGCCGUCCAAUCAUCCCCACCCAAGUGUUCGAGAGGUGGGAAGCUGCUCUUUCCGAGUCGAUGGUUCUUGGAUCGCAGAAAUUUUACUGCCCUUUCAAGGACUGUUCGACGCUUCUGAUCGAUGAUGGAGGGGAUGUCGUGAGACAAUCAGAAUGCCCGAAUUGCCGGAGAUUGUUCUGUGCACAGUGCAAGGUGGCAUGGCACUCGGGCAUUGGGUGUGAAGAGUAUAAGGGAUUGCAUGAAGAUGAGAAGGGGAGAGAUGAUCUGAUGGUGAUGGAGCUUGUUAAAUCAAAGGAGUGGAAGAGAUGUUCUCGCUGCAAGUUCUAUGUGGAGAAGACAGAAGGUUGUAUGCAUAUGACUUGCAGGUGCGGGUUUCAGUUUUGCUAUCGAUGCGGAUUGACGUGGUCGUUGAUCCACUCAUGUAGCUGCAACACAACGUAGAGAAAGAUGAAGGUUGGAUGGUGAUGAUUGUUUUAUUAAUUAAGACUUUCGUGGUAGUUGAUGAAUUGAGUAACUUGAUGAUGAUUGUGAUCUCAUCUUAGAUAAAUCAAACUGUGGAUUUUAAGGGGGUGUUUGGAUUGUAAGUUACUUUAUAUAUAAGAUAUAUAUGUCUAAAGUAACUUAUCUUGGUUUCUACCUUAUAAAUGUAUUUAGUAAAUAAUGUAAUUAUCAGCCAAGAGGUAGAAAAGUAUGCUUGUUUUAUAACACCACAUAA